AGAAGAACUGGAUGUUUUUAGGGAGGAAGGAUCGAUAUAUUAGGCUGAUACCAUGAUAGGAUUCGAAAAUCAAGAACUCAACAUUACAGGGAUAUCGAUAUCAAAAUAUAUAUACAGAGGGAAAGCUAAAAAUAUGUAAUUUCUGCUGGCUAUGUUUUUAAGAAUUGCUUCUGAUUUGCUGAAUGAAGAAAGUUCAGAACUACAUAAAAAUAUAGAAAAAUAUGGAAAAAUGAUUCAUUAGUUCAUGGAGGGCAUGAUGAUAAUAGUGAAGACGCGCACAAAAUUGAUAUACAAAUCUAUGGAAGACAUGUUAGAAAGAUUGUUUACAGGAAUGUGAGUGAUGAUUUCUGGUGUAAAUGAAAAAUAAAAUCACUGUCAUCAGGAUUGGUCGUGGCGAUUGGGGGAUAUAAGAGAAAUUAACAGAUGAAAUGAAUGCUGGGUACAAUAAGAACCAUCAGUUUUUAUUUAAUUAUCUUUAUAUUUAUGUUCUUUAAUUUAUGGUUUUCCCUCAUUCAUAUCUUCAAUGACCACACCAUGUGCAUUUGUUUUUUUAGAGUCUUUCAAAGGACCGCUAUGUUAUGUCCCUAUUUCCAUUGUCCUGUUCACACAGUUUUCACAUGGAUCAUCUAUGUAAUAGUCUUGGCUACAGAACUAAUUAUGAAGUAAAACACAGUUGAAGUGAAAUUUCUAUUGGCAUUUAUCAGAAAACAAAAGUAAAUAUGUCUAAAUAAUCAAGCUAAGUUAUAUUAUCACAUAGUUGAAUCAAACAAUAACAUAUAAUACCGCAUGUUGUCUUUUGUAAUCCUAGCGCCUUGCUAAAUUUCGGGUUACAAUGAAUUUUAUUGUUCUACAAAAGGAUCAAUGUCAUGUGAGAAAGAUACAAUUCAAAAUGUAAUACACACCUUUGUGGAAAAUGUUGACACGUUAAAACACACGCCUCCUGGAAAGAUAUGACACUGAACAAAUGUCCUUUUCAAGCAAGUGAAAAAGAAAACAAGUGAACAACGUAGCUCAAGUAUAAAUUAGGAUAUCAGAACCAUUUAUUUUUUAUUGAAAGCAACAUGGCAAAGCAAAUAAUUUCUUCUUCAAACUUCUUAUUUUUCUCUCUGGCUUUACUAAUCAUCACACUCUUCCCCAUACCAAAUUUCACUUCUGCUUCUUUGGAGGAAACCAAUGCUCUACUUAAAUGGAAAGCAAGCCUUCAAAUCCCAAAAAACUCCUUGCUCUCUUCAUGGAUUCCCCUCCCUUUGAAUUCCAGUGCAUCGGUUCCAUGCACUUCUUGGUUUGGAGUAGUUUGCAAUGCUGAUGGGAGCAUUCAGAAGUUGAACCUCACAUCAUCUGCAUUAAAGGGUACGCUUCAUCCAUUUUCAUUCUCUUUGCUACACAAUCUUACACAUUUUGAUCUCAGACUAAACAACUUCUUUGGCCCUAUCCCACCAGAAAUCCAACUUUUGUCCAAACUUGUAUAUCUUGAUUUUUCAUUGAAUAAGUUUUCUGGAGUAAUCCCACCUGAAAUAGGAAUCCUGCACCAGCUAACUAUCUUGUACUUAUACUCAAACAAUAUCUCUGGUCCUAUUCCUAUUGAACUUGGAAAUUUGAAGUCUCUCACUGAUCUUAAGGUGAACAUAAAUCAGCUUAGUGGUUCGAUUCCUUCAUCAUUGGGUAAUUUGACAUCUUUGAAUGUACUUAAUUUGUACCAAAAUCAACUAUCUGGUUCCAUUCCUGUUGAACUUGGGAAUUUGAAGUCUCUCACUGAUCUUGAGCUGAGCACCAAUCAGCUUAGUGGUUUGAUUCCUUCAUCAUUGGGCAAUUUGACAUCUUUGAAUGUCCUUUAUUUGUUCCAAAAUCAACUAUCUGGUCCUCUUCCUAAUGAACUAGGGAAUUUGAAGUCUCUCACUCAUCUUGCGGUGUACAACAAUCAACUUAGUGGUUCUAUUCCUUCAUCAUUUGGUAAUUUAACAUCUUUGAAUUUCCUUUAUUUGUUCCAAAAUCAACUAUGUGGCCCCAUUCCUGUUGAACUUGGCAAUUUGAAGUCUCUCACUGAUCUUGAGGUGAACAUCAAUCAACUUAGUGGUGCUAUUCCUUCAUCAUUAGGUAAUUUAACAUCUUUGAAUUUCCUUUAUUUGUUCCAAAAUAAACUAUCUGGUCCCAUUCCUAAUGAACUAGGGAAUUUGAAGUCUCUCAUUCAUCUUGCGGUGUACAAAAAUCAGCUUAGUGGUUCUAUUCCUUCAUCAUUGGGUGAUUUAACAUCUUUGAAUGACCUUAUUUUGUACAAAAAUCUACUCUACGGUCCCAUUCCUGUUGAACUUGGGAAUUUGAAGUCUCUCACUAAUAUUGAGGUGAGCGAAAAUCAGCUUAGUGGUUCUAUUCCUUCGUCAUUGGGUAAUUUGACAUCUUUGAAUAUCCUUUAUUUGAACGAAAAUCAACUAUCUGGUCCUAUUCCUGUUGAACUUGGGAAAUUGAAGUCUCUCGUUCAUCUUGCGGUGUACAACAAUCAGCUUAGUGGUUUUAUUCCUUCAUCAUUGGGUAAUUUAACAUCUUUGAAUGUACUUUAUUUGUACCAAAAUCAACUCUCUGGUCCCAUUCCUAUUGAGCUUGGGAAUUUGAAGUCCCUCACUGAUCUUGAGGUAAACAUCAAUCAACUUAGUGGUUUUAUUCCUUCAUCAUUGGGUAAUUUGAGAUCUUUGAAAAUCCUUUAUUUGCACGAAAAUCAACUCUCUGGUACCAUUCCUCUUGAAAUUGGGAAAUUGAAGUCUCUCACUCAUCUUGCGAUGUACAAAAAUCAGCUUAGUGGUUCUAUUCCUUCAUCAGUUGGUGAUUUGACAUUUUUGAAUUUCCUUUUUUUGUACGAAAAUCAAUUCUCUGGUCUCAUUCCUGUUGAGCUUGGGAAUUUGAAGUCUCUCAAUAAGCUUGAUAUGAGCCACAAUCAACUUAGUGGCUCUAUUCCUUCAUCACUAGUAAACCUCAGCAACGUAAAAUGGCUGACCCUCAGUUGUAAUAAAUUAUCUGGCCCCAUUCCUAGUGAACUUGGGAAGAUGAAGUCUCUCACUCAUCUUUCAGUGAGCAGAAAUCAGCUUAGUGGUUUUAUUCCUUCAUCAUUUGGUGAUUUGACAUCUUUAAAUGGGCUUUAUAUGUACCAGAAUGAGCUUGCUGGUGCCAUUCCUAGUGAACUUGGGAAGUUGAAGUAUCUCACUGAUUUUCAAGUGAACAACAAUCAAAUUAAUGGUUCUAUUCCUCCAGAAUUCGGAAAUUUAACUCGACUACAUAGACUUAAUCUGUCUUCGAAUCAUUUGGUUGGUGAGAUCCCAAAGGAGUUUGGGAAGAUGAAAAGUAUGUUGGAUUUGUACUUGACUGGCAACCAACUUUCGGGUGUUAUACCUCUAGAGCUUGGAUUUUGUGAACUCCUUGAAGUACUCGAUCUAUCCAAAAAUAGAUUUAAUGGGUCACUCCCAAGAAGUAUUGGUCAAUGGACACACAUCCACUACUUGAAUCUUAGUAAUAACAAGCUCAGUGAGACAAUUCCAUCCGAGAUUGGUAAAUUAGUUCAUCUUACGGAACUUGAUUUAUCUCAUAAUUUUCUCACGAAAGAGAUACCAUCUGAAGUUCAAAGUUUGCAGAGUUUGCAAAAAUUGGAUCUUUCUCACAACAGACUAUCUGGUUCCAUUCCUGAUGCUUUUACAAGUUUGCCCAACGGGAUUGAUAUUAACCUUUCGUUCAAUAAGCUCUCAGGUCCGGUCCCCCCUUGCGCCAACUUUGUGAAUGCGUCCAUAGAAAGCAAUACAGAUUUGUGUGGGAAUAUUACAGGGGUGAAACUUUGUCCAAGUCAAAUUAUGAAAAAGAAAAAUGAUCCUUUUCAUCAUAAACUUAUCCUUGUAAUUAUGCUCCCUCUUAUCGGGGCUAUUUUACUUGGUGUAUUCACGUAUGGCCUAAUUGCUUAUCAACAACAUAAGAAAAAGUCUCCACAAAAACCAUCGGAUGAACAAAGUGGUGAUUAUUUCUCCAUUACAAGUUUUGAUGGAAAAGUAGUGUAUGUUGAUAUCUUGAAGGCAACAAAUGAUUUCGAUGAAGCAUACUGCAUUGGGACCGGAGGAUAUGGGACUGUGUACAAAGCCGAGCUACAACCUGACAAUGUGGUAGCUGUCAAGAAACUUCACUCAUCAUCUGAGAAUGUUGAUCAUAAUGGAUUCCUAAAUGAGGUACGAGCGUUAACGAACAUAAGGCAUCGAAACAUAGUGAAACUCUAUGGAUAUUGCUCCCAUGUCCGCCACUCAUUUUUGAUUUAUGAAUACCUUGAAAAGGGAAGCCUUGGAUCAAUCUUAAGAAGCGAUGUCUUAGCAAAAGAAUUGGAUUGGUUGAAAAGAGUAAAUAUUGUAAAGGGUGUAGCUAAUGGUUUGGCUUAUAUGCAUCACGACUGCUCGCCUCCAAUAAUUCAUAGAGACAUAUCCAUAGCCAACAUCCUUCUUGAUUCUGAUUGUGAGGCACAUAUUUCUGAUUUUGGCACAUCCAAGCUUUUGAAGCUCGAUUCAUCCAACUGGACUGCAAUUGCAGGCACCUAUGGUUAUAUUGCACCAGAGCUUGCUUAUACAAUGGUGGCUACUGAGAAAUGCGAUGUGUAUAGCUUUGGAGUUGUUGCAAUAGAAGUGAUAAUGGGAAAGCAUCCAGGAGAUCUCAUAACAUCUUUUCCAACAUUGUCUGCUGAUUAUAUGGUGCCAGCAAACGUGGGAGAUAGUCGGAUACCUCCUCCCUCAUCACAAGUUGAGAAACAAGUUAGGUUGGUUUUGAAUCUCUCAAGAGCAUGUUUGAACUCCAAUCCACAUGAAAGACCAACAAUGCAACAAGUUUCAAAUUUGUUAAUGAAGGAUCAGCCUUAAAUUGACAUCUUUUGGGCUGAUUGAAAUAGUGUACUUUCAGUGUUCUUUUUACUUUUCUUAUGUUCCCUAUAUGCAUCAUGUCAAUAUGUAUUCGUAUGAAUGGCUUUUUGUUAAGAAACUUCACAUAUGUUUGUGAACAAAUAAGUAAAUGAAAAUCACAAAAAAUUCAAGCUUUGA